CACGUUUCUCGUAACAAUCGUAUAACUGUGUAUAGAUAAGGGAUUUAUGUAGUAUGAGAUCACUUAGUAUAGGUAGGUGUUUAUGCAGUAUGGCGGAAUAAUGAAUUAUCUGCACAUCAAAAUGAAUGACCAGAAACUAGUAUUAUCCAUUAUAUCUUAUCAAGAAAUAUGCUAUGAGGCUGUCCGUCUCGGAAAGAUUCAGUGGCUUGGGGGAGGUCCCAGACGACCUGAAAAUGGACAGUCUGUCCGUAAAGUCUGUGUUGUCUGUGGCUCCUACUAGUCAGGGGCCCUGUUCGUUGUUGGGGGGUCGAAAUGAGGAACCCCCUCGGAGGAAGAACCAUUCCAGAUCUUCCACCAAAUCCAGAUCCCGAUCUCCCUCUGCCCAGGAGUCAUCCUCAGUCUCUGCAAACAAAGAGCAGCCUAGCUGUUCGAAAUCAGCAGAUGUCCCACAUGCAGUAGCUUCGACUGUGCGUCCCAAAAUUCCUCUUUCAAAUGAAAACCCAAACCAAUUCCAAACCUGGUGGCUCAGCUCACCAUUUCAUACAAAGGCUCAAAAUACCCCGGAUGGUAUAAACAUAUUUCGCGAUGGUCGUGACUCAUUAAGAGCUCUGACAAAGCUAUUGAAUGAGUUCAGUGCACCAUAUCACACAUACCAGUUGCCUAGUGUGAAAGAUUUGCAGGUGGUGAUCCGAGGCCAAUCUGAAGAUAUUCAAAUGAGGUUUGUUGAGAAGAACCUGAAAGACAGAGGUUUUUCAGUCACCUCACCUCACCUCAUGAAGAAACGAGAUGGAACACUGAUGCCAUUGGUCGAUGCCAUUUUGCCUGAAACUUACGAUAGUAAAGAGAUAUACUCCAUACGUGACCUUGUGAAGCUCACUUCGAAAUGCAAGAAGCCGAGGAAAGACAAAUAA